GAGACUACUUGCGUAGCGCGAGUUAAAAGUAUGGUAGUUGUUAAAACUUCGUUCUGGGAAUGAUAAUUUAUAUUAUGCUCGAUAGGUUUCUGCUGUGUAGUAUUGGAGAAUAUCGUUUGAUUUAUGUGAUUAAGAGUAGCAGAAGCUGCCUAAUUCCAGCUCUUGGUUGCAGCUGAGUACUAAAAAAUGACAUGUAAAAAACCUGGAGGGAAUUGCCAACUCUAUGGUGACUGGUAGACAGCUGGGCACUUUGGUGCCGUAUGAGGAAUCACUACUCUUGCAAUUCUUUGGAAGGGAUAAGCUAUUGUAAGUAAAACCUAACCGUAGGAAAACAGCUACAGAGUGUCAGAAAGGGUUGUUCUGUUUUGAUCCCCAGUGUGACAACCCCCGCUAGUGACUCCUCAACAUGGCGUAGCUCUUUGAUCGUCCCGACUCCCGAGGCAAAAAUCACCUCGUGAAAAACGGGCUAAGGAGGGCAGGGCUGAGUGAAACAGGAUCAAAAACAUGUCGCGGUGGAUCCCCACCAAGCGGGAGAAGUAUGGAGUCGCAAUCUAUAACUAUGAUAGCACACAAGAGCAAGAGCUUUCGUUACAAGUUGGCGAUACUGUUCACAUACUGGAAAUGCAUGAAGGCUGGUAUAGAGGAUACACACUUAGAGACAAAUCUAAGAAGGGAAUUUUCCCAGCAUCCUACAUUCACUUGAAGGAAGCAACUGUAGAAGGCGGAGGAAAACAUGAGACUGUGAUUCCUGGUGAUCUUCCUCUUGUACAAGAACUUACCACCACGCUAAGGGAGUGGGUUUCUAUUUGGCACAACCUCUAUGUUAGCAACAACAAGCACCUCUUCCGACAUGUGCAACAGAUGAUCUACAGCUUGAUCGAAUGGAGAUCACAGAUUGUCUCAGGGACACUGCCAAAAGAUGAGCUACUUGAACUGAAGAAGAAGGUCACAGCAAAAAUCGAUUAUGGAAACAGAAUUUUGGGCUUGGAUUUGGUGGUUAGAGAUGACAAUGGAAACAUUCUAGAUCCUGAUCAGAGUAGCACAAUUAGUCUGUUCAAAACGCAUGAAACUGCUUCCAAUGGAAUUGAUGAAAGGAUACAAGAAGAGAAGUCUAGAUUACAGAAUGCAGAUCUGCAACGACAAUCAAUAUUUAGCAGUACACACACUUACAGCUUGUAUGUUAAUCUCAAAAAUUUUGUCUGCAACAUGGGAGAAGAUGCUGAACUCUUGAUGUGUCUCUAUGAUCCUGACCAGUCGGAGUUUAUUAGUGAAAAUUACCUGGUCCGAUGGGGAAGUACUGGCAUGCCAAAGGAGAUUGAGAAACUCAACCACCUGAGUGCAGUAUUUACUGACCUCAGCAGUUCAGAUUUGAUACGACCAAGGAUCAGCUUAGUAUGUCAGAUUGUUCGCGUGGGCCACAUGGAGUUGAAGGAAGGCAAAAAGCACUGAUGGAUAUUAGUGAUAUAAUUCAUGGGAAGGUGGACGAUGAAGAAAAGCAGCAUUUCAUUCCAUUCCAACAAAUUGCUAUGGAAACCUAUAUUCGACAACGCCAGCUGAUCAUGUCUCCACUCAUGACAUCCCGUGUUAUUGGAGAGAAUGAACCACUUACUUCUGUUUUCAACAAAGUAAUUGCUGCUAAGGAAGUGAAUCACAAAGGGCAAGGUCUCUGGGUUUCCCUGAAACUUCUACCUGGGGAUUUUGUGCAGGUUCAGAAGGAUUUUUCUCAUCUCAUUGACCGAUCAACGGCUGUGGCUCGAAAAAUGGGAUUUCCAGAAAUAAUACUUCCAGGUGAUGUUCGUAAUGACAUCUAUGUCACACUGAUACAAGGGGAGUUCGAUAAAGGAAAGAAAAAAACACCAAAAAAUGUGGAGGUCACAAUGUCUGUAUGCGAGGAAGAGGGGAGCAUUGUGGAGAAAGCUAUUCACCCAGGUGCAGGUUACGAUGGUGUUUCAGAGUACAAAUCGGUCAUUUAUUAUCAAGUGAAGCAACCUUACUGGUAUGAAACAGUGAAGGUAGCUAUUGCCAUUGAAGAUGUUCAUCGUUGUCAUUUGAGGUUUACAUUUCGUCAUCGGUCAUCACAAGAAUCUAGAGAUAAAUCGGAAAAGGCCUUUGGGAUGGCCUUUGUAAAACUGAUGAAGGCAGAUGGUACUACACUGAGGGACGGCAAGCAUGAUCUAAUUGUUUACAAGGGUGACAGUAAAAAAGCAGAAGAUGCUAAAUGUUACUUAAGUUUACCUGGUACAAAACUGGAACAAGAGGAAAGAGAGGGACAGUUGUCAAAGAAUUCACAUCCUGCAACCAGCUUGGCUGUCACAAAAGACAGCUUUCAGAUCGCAACACUUACUUGCUCUACAAAACUGACACAGAAUGUCGAUCUGCUUGGCUUACUGAACUGGCGCUCUAACCCUCAAAAUAUUGCCCAGAACUUGAGAAAGCUGAUGGAGGUGGAUGGGAGUGAAAUUGUGAAGUUUUUGCAAGAUACACUUGAUGCACUUUUUAAUAUUAUGAUGGAGAUGUCGGACAACGAAGCCUACGAUGUUCUGGAAUUUGAUGCACUGGUAUUUAUCAUUUCGUUAAUUGGUGACAUCAAGUUUCAGCAUUUUAAUCCAGUACUUGAAACCUAUAUAAGCAAGCACUUUAGCGCAACUCUGGCUUAUGUUAAACUGACUAAGGUUUUGAACUACUAUGUAGGAAAUGCAGAGGAUCAACAAAAGACUGAAUUGCUGUUCACUGCACUGAAGGCACUAAAAUACCUCUUCCGUUUUAUUGUUCAGUCCAGAGUAUUAUACCUCAGAUUCUAUGGUCCAAGUGAAGAUGGCGAUGAGUUUUUUAAUUCAAUUCGAAAGUUGUUCCUUUCCUUCAAUGUUUUGAUGGACAGGCCCUUAGAAGAGGCUGUAAAGAUCAAGGGAGCCACGUUGAAGUAUUUGCCUGGCAUUGUAAAUGAUCUCAAAAUGGUGUUUGAUCCAAUUGAGCUCAGUGUUCUUUUUACCAAGUUCAUCGAGAGUGUGCCCCAUAACCAGCUGCUGCGUCAGAAGCUGAGCUGCAUGACAAAAAUAGUGGACAGUGACCUUUUCAAGCAAGCUGAGUGCCGUGAUAUCCUGCUUCCAUCAAUGACUGACCAACUAAGUGGUCAGUUAGAUGACCAUGCCAACAAACCUGAUCAUGAGGCUUGCUCCCAGCUUCUCAGUAGCAUUCUGGAUGUACUAGAUAGGAAGGAUGUGGGUCCGACCAGUAUGCAUAUCCAGAUGAUUAUGGAGCGGCUGCUGCGGAGAAUCAACAGGACAGUGAUUGGGAUGAGCAGGCAGUCCAUUCAUAUCGGUAGUUUUGUGGCAUGUAUGACGGCAGUCCUGAAACAAAUGCAAGACCAGCACUACAGCCAUUACAUCAGCACUUUUAAAACAAGACAAGACAUCAUAGACUUUCUGAUGGAAACUUUCAUCAUGUUUAAAGAUUUGAUAGGGAAGAAUGUUUACCCAAGUGACUGGAUGGUUAUGACAAUGAUGCAGAACAGAAUCUUCCUCCGUGCAAUAAAUCAGUUUGCAGCUGUGUUAAAUACACACUUCCUGGACCAAGCCAACUUUGAACUUCAGCUUUGGAACAAUUAUUUUCAUUUAGCAGUUGCCUUUCUUACUCAUGAGUCUUUGCAGCUGGAGACCUUCUCUGAGCAGAAGUGUAGUAACAUCAUGAAAAGGUAUGGUGACAUGAGGAAGGAGAUUGGCUUCAGGAUAAGGGACAUGUGGUACAACCUUGGACCUCACAAGAUCAAAUUCAUUCCAUCAAUGGUAGGUCCAAUUCUGGAAGUGACUCUGGUUCCAGAACCAGAACUUCGAAAGGCCACAAUUCCCAUCUUCUUUGAUAUGAUGCAGUGUGAGUUCAACUUUAUGAGGAACGGGACUUUCCACAUGUUUGAGAACGAGCUGAUUACCAAACUGGACCAGGAAGUGGAGGGAGGACGAGGGGACGAGCAGUACAAAGUGCUACUGGAGAAAAUAUUGUUAGAACACUGCAGGAAGCAUAUGUAUCUCUCUGGCCCUGGUGAGAAAUUUGUACUUUUGGUCAGCAGCCUUUUGGAAAACCUUCUUGACUACAGAACGAACAUGCAUGAUGAGAACAAAGACAACCGCAUGAGCUGCACUGUCAACGUCUUGAACUUCUACAAAGAGAAGAAACGAGAAGAUAUAUACAUUAGGUACCUAUACAAGCUACGGGAUUUGCACAUGGGGUGUGAGAACUUCACUGAGGCAGCUUACACGCUGUUGCUACAUGCAGAACUUCUAGAGUGGUCUGACAAGCCAUGUGCACCACACCUUGUUCCAAGAGUCAGCUGCCACAUGUAUUCACAGCAAGAACUGAAGGAACGACUUUAUCAAGAGAUCAUAUCCUCCUUUGACAAAGGCAAGAUGUGGGAGAAGGCAAUUCAGCUAAGCAAAGAGCUAGCUGACAUGUAUGAGAACCAGCUGUUUGACUACGAGGGACUCAGCCUUCUUCUGAAAAAACAGGCCACAUUUUAUGAGAACAUAAUGAAGGCAAUGAGACCCCAACCAGAAUAUUUUGCUGUUGGAUAUUAUGGUCAAAGUUUUCCCUCAUUUUUACGGAAUAAAGUCUUUAUUUAUCAAGGGAAGGAAUAUGAACGUUGGGAGGAUUUCAACCUGAAGUUAAUGACCCAGAUUCCCAAUGCAGUGAAAAUGACAAGCACAUCACCACCAGGAGAAGAAAUGAAGUCGUCCUCAAAACAGUAUAUACAAUGCUUUACAGUUAAGCCUGUGUUGAACCUGCCAAGAUGUUACAAUGAUAAACCUGUACCAGAGCAGAUCCUAAACUACUACAGAGCAAAUGAAGUGCAGCAGUUUCAGUACUCUCGUCCUUUCCGAAAAGGAGAAAAGGAUCCUGAAAAUGAGUUUGCGACUAUGUGGAUUGAAAGGACAACAUAUACCACUGCAUACAGUUUCCCUGGAAUUCUGAAAUGGUUUGAAGUGAAAUCCAUUACAACAGAAGAGAUUAGUCCCUUAGAGAAUGCCAUUGAGACCAUGGAAAAGACCAAUGAGAAGAUAAGUAAUCUUGUGCAGCAACACAUUUGUGACCAUUCACUUCCUGUGCAUCCUCUGUCCAUGCUGCUGAAUGGCAUUGUUGACCCUGCUGUCAUGGGUGGCUUCGCCAAUUAUGAAAAGGCUUUUUUCACAGAGAAGUAUAUGCAGGAACAUGCUGAAGAUCUGGAAAAGAUUGAGCUCCUAAAACAACUUAUUGCCAUCCAGAUUCCGUUGCUGGCAGAUGGGAUUAGGAUUCAUGGUGAAAAGUCGAAUGAGGCCCUAAAACCAUUGCAUAACAGGUUAUCUACAUGUUAUAGAGAGCUGAAGGAAAAAGUUGAAAAGCUGUAUGGUGUUAUCACCUUGCCACCUUCUCUGACUGAGAGAAAGAAGAGAUCAGGUUCAAUGGUGAUGCCUUACAUUAUGGCAGCAACGCUCAGAAGGUUGUCCACAGUUUCAGUCGCAUCAUCCACAGUUUCAUCAUCUUCCACUUCUUCAGACAGCAUCUCUUCUAGACCAGGAUCAGAUGGGUCAAUUCUUGAACCUCUGUUUGAACGAAGGGCUUCAACAGUUUCCAGGGCAGAAGAGACUGCUGCUAAAGAUGAUAGUGAUAAUCGAAUCAAUAAAUUUAAGAGAAAAGAGUGGAGUGUUAGCAAGUCUCAGGUUAUCGUUGAAAGGGAGACUGAAAGUGAUCUCUGUCAAGACAUGAACAGUGUUGGCAAAACACAACGACCAAAGAGUCUACAGCUUGGAGACAAACGUCUUACAUUGCUACAGGGGUCUUCACUUCAGCAAGCACAGUUGUCACUGACAAAUCCACCCCCAUUAACUCCUAAAUCACAACGAACACAGAGUUCUCCGUCUCUGCAAACCGAUGGACUAUCUGCUUUUGAGCUCCCUGACAUUCCUUCAUCUACUCCCCCUCCUCCUCCACCUAAAAGCAAACCAUAUGAAAAUGGAAGUCAGCGGAACUCUUUAGAGGUUGCACCACCACCAUUGCCCAUGCGACGUGAAGUAAAGCCACCUCCUCCACCUCCGAAAGCACGGCGAUCUAACAUGUCUUCACCAGAAUAAACACAGCCACUGAGGUUACUUUUCCUUUCAUGCCUCCUGAAGAGGAAGACAUUUCCAGUUUCCAAGUGCCUAGAGAUGGCUGAAGUACAAACUGUCACUGUUGAAGCUUGCAGCCCACUUCUUCACAUGAGGUCCACAUGGUACUUUGAAGGACAAGUUAACAUUUAUUUUGUCAGAAGGUGCUGAAAGUGUAGGUAUCACAGUUUGAAUGUUGUGUCAUCCUUCUGGAAGGUGCAGCAGUUUAAAUCAUCAGCCAUGUACCUUGUGUAGCAGUGUGCCAGCCAUGCUUCAAAAGUCUCAUAUUAUUGCACAUUAAAUAAGCCCUUUUCAAAGACGAGUAUUUACUGGGCUUUGUACCAGCCCUCUGUAAAAACACAAUUGGCAGCACAGUACUUUUAUCAAUAUGGUACCACAGUGACAUUGUAUGCUGUACAGUCAUUUGAAUGUGUAAAUAGCUACAGCUCAUUCAGGCUGACUGUCGCAUUAGUUGGAAGAAAAUAGUGAAGGAGUUGUAUCUCUCUCUUUUUUUUUUUUGAUGACACUGAUCAAAUGAGAGUGUUGAUGAAUUUGCUUUUGAGGAGAAUGUAAAUACUGAGAAGCCAAAGCUAAAUUAUCUUUUUUUCUCGCCUGUGUAGCAUUGCCUUCUGAAGGUGAGGUUGACUGCGUGUUGCUUUGAAGAUUUUUGCAGGUGUGUACCUCUUGCAAUUUUAAGGGCUGCUUUGAAGUAAGUAGUGCCUGCCUCUUAAAGUGAAGUGUAAAUGGAGGGAGUCUUGCCUAAUCUUCACAGACUUGGAUCCUUUAUUUCUGAACAUGCUUGGCCCCAUUCUAAAGCCCAGCUAGCUUCAUUACUGGAAGAAUUCAGAAGUCAGCUUUGUGCAUAGCAUCUUUUAAAAAGAUGAUGUAAACAUUCCAGGGUAUCAGGCUGUUGCAGUGACCAAGUAGGAUUCUUGCUAAAGUUUGGGAAACAAAGGGACCAGAUUUGACUCUACAACCUUUACUGAAUUGGUCAAUAAGGCACUUGGGACAUUCAUACUCAUCGAACGGAGACAGGUUUCUUACUAACAGCAAUUGAUUUCUCCUGUCGAACUGUGGUGAUGCAGACAUGUUAGAAUAACUGGAAUAUAUGAUCUUAUUUAUUAUGUAUAUUGGAGUUAAAACAUUGAUCCCAUAAUUUUUUUUGGGGGGGGGGUGCUGGAGAUUAUAUAAAAAGAGAGAUAAUCUACUUGUCUCAGCUCAGCAAGGAAGACAUGUACUCUAAACUGGGAAUCAUUUUAUGUUUGGUGUUCAUGGUGGCGACAUUAUGCAUAAUUAAAAACUGUUCCGACAGGAGGCCCUGAUACUUGCCACACUGUGCAACAAUGUUUUUAAAAAGAAAAGCACUGACAGGAUCAUUUAAUGGUCAUUCUAUUUUUCUACUUAAUUAUUUUUAUAAUGGGAAACUGCUGCCUUUUAGUAUAACAUUUUAUUUCAUAAAUCACUUGUGUGUUUUAGUACUAAUUUGCAUUCUCUUCUGUGGUACACUAAUAGUCCAUUAGUCAGUGACAAUAAUUUAUGCGCCUAUUGUUUUAUAACUGUAUAUAUUUACCAGUGCUGCUGCAAACAUUUGA